UGAUGGGAAGAUUGCCAAGAAACGCGCGGGAUUGACGAAGCACGCGAAGAGAAUUAGGGCAAGAGAGAGGAAAAGAGAGGAGGAUCGACGAUCAUCACAGGGAUCACGCGGCGGCGGCGGCGGAGAAAUGCGUGGCUGCCGCCAUGAAUGAGCGGUGCUGCUGCUGCUUCUUGCCGUGUUUCUUGGAUGUUUCUCCCGUGAGGAGGGAAUGCCGCGGCUGGGGAUGCGCUUCAUCGCGAUCCAAGCUUGGAUCCCCGGAUUGUUCAUCUGGUUCGAUUGAUUUCUCCAGUUCUUGAUCGCCAGGGCCGAUCAAUUGCUGUGAUGCGAUGCGCCGAAGCGUGCUUCUAGCGGGACCAUGAUAUUAGAGGAUGGUGGCAAAUCGUUCCUGCGCGUGAACCUUGUGUGGAAGCUCGUGAUCCUCUUCGUUGCUGGAGUGCUUGGAGUCUACCUCUUCCUUUCGCGAGCCGACCAUGGCCUGAGCUACCAUAGCCUGAGGCUUGAUCCGCUUCUACAAGCCUGGAGAAAGGAGGAUUUCUGCCCCCAGCGAUUCGCCAAGCUUGAGUUUGCACAGCACUAUCCCAGGCCCAAGACAUACUCCAGGGGCGAAUGCGCUUGUACUCCUGUGCACAACUUUGUCAUCCUGUCCACGCAGCGAUCCGGAAGUGGAUGGUUUGAGACUCUGCUAAACAGUCACCCCAACAUCACCUCGCAUGGCGAGAUUUUUUCCGUUCGUCCGCGACGCCACAACUUCUCCAUUGUUUCGCACACUCUCGACGCUCUGUACAAUCUCGACUGGCACAACAGCGCUUCGAAGAACUCGUGCACGUCGGUGGUGGGCUUUAAGUGGAUGCUAAACCAGGGUGCUAUGGAGUAUCGCAGCGAGGUUUCGAGCUACUUCAAGAGACGAGGCGUUUCGGUGAUUCUUCUCAUUCGCCGGAAUGGACUCAAGCGUCUCAUCUCCAUCCUCGCUAAUGCCUACGAUCGCAGGCAGCCAAUGAAUGGAACUCACGUCUCACACGUCCACUCUGAAGAGGCGGCCGAUCUCCUCGCGUCUUACAAGCCGACCGUCGACGUCGCAUUCCUGAAGAACAACUUGGAUCGCUACGACCUCAUGAUCAAGAACGCGCUCUGCGCUUUCGAGGGCACCCGCUUGCUGGUCAUUUACUACGAGGACUUUGUCAAGAAUCGAAAGGAGAUGCAACGAACCGUCCAGGAGUUUUUGAGCGUUCCAGUGAUGAGGCUGCGAAGCAGGCAAUGGAAGAUCCACCGGGGGCCACUCUCGCAGUCGGUAACCAACUGGAAGGAAGUUUUCCGGGAGCUCAAUGGAACUUCAUACCAGGGGUUUCUCGCCGACGACGACUAUAGCUGAUAGGAAAAAUUCGUUGUAUUCUUUUCUCCCCAUCCAUCGAUCUAACCUUUGCUGUAAA